AUGGAUGGUGCAGAUUUCGCGCCUGGACCGUCUGAUGACUGGGCGAAGGGAGCGGCAGGAAUCAAGUAUGCCUACACGAUCGAGCUGAGGGAUACUGGCACUUUUGGCUUUCUUCUUCCUCCCGAGCAGAUCAUUCCCACCGGGGAAGAGACUUGGGCUGCCAUCAUGGCUGUUGCCAGAUUCUUCCAAUAA